AAGUCCAAGAUCACUGCCUCGCGCAAACUCUUGCUAAAGAGCUUGAUGCUGGCAAAGGCGAAGGAGGAGUGGGAUCAGGAGCUCAUUGACAAACAGUCAGAGAAGGAAAGAUAUCUGGCUGAGCGGAUCACACCACUGCACACCAGUGGGCUUUCCUUGAGCCAACUCCAGGACCUGUGCAGGGAGCUGCAUGCAAAAGUUGAAAUCGUGGAUGAAGAGAGAUAUGACAUCGAAGCAAAAUGCAACCAUAACACCCGGGAGAUUAAAGACCUGAAACUGAAAGUGCUAGACCUCCGGGGGAAGUUCAAGCGACCUCCUCUUCGGCGAGUCCGUGUCUCUGCUGAUGCCAUGCUGAGGGCUCUGCUGGGCUCCAAGCACAAGGUUUCCAUGGAUCUGAGAGCCAACCUGAAGUCUGUCAAGAAGGAGGACACAGAGAAGGAGCGCCCCGUGGAAGUGGGCGACUGGCGCAAGAACGUGGAGGCCAUGUCGGGGAUGGAGGGCCGAAAGAAGAUGUUCGACGCUGCCAAGUCCCCCACAGGCCAGUGAGAGGAGCAUCAGGCCAGGAAGAAGAGCCUCCCCGAUCCUGCUGUCUGCCUCCCUUUCCU